AUGGCUUCCACACCCUUGAGCAGAGCGAUCUUUGAUCGUGAUCUACUUUUGCUGCGCAGCUUGCUCCGCUCAGUGAAUCGUCCCAAUCUGGAGGAGAUGGACCUGGGCGGGGACACAGCCCUACACGCAGCCGGGCGGUGUGGCUAUGACACAGCUCUAGAGAUGGCACAGGAAUUGGUAAGAGCAGGUGCGAAUAUCAACGCUACCAACAGGUUUCAUGAAACUCCAUUAGACACCUCCAUCUUCUAUGAGAUGAGAUUUCUCAUUGAUGGCUACUAUGACGCUUCAAGGUCUUGUGGUGAGGUGGCCAACUUCUUAGCUACCCAUGGAGCGCUGCGACGACAAGAUGAGACUCAAAAUGAGCUUUGGGAGAGGAUCUCACGCCAGGCGGGUCGCGACACGGUGAAUUCUGGACGGGACGUCGAGACAGCUCGCGCUGCUGCGCGAGGGCGAGGAAGCGCGCGAGCUGAGAGGUAUGAAGAAAGAGAAAUUCUUGUGGACUCCUUGCCCUUGGCACGAGAGGUUGAGGAAUCGCACUUUGACAAUGGAUAUCCCUUGCGCCACCUCGUUUACGACCUGAUCGGAGGGCAAUGCUCUCCCUCCGCCCAUUUCUUGAGGCUCCGUUGCGUGAUGCAUAGCGAUGGCCGAUUGGUGUGCCGGAACAAUCGCAGGUUGUGGUGUUUGAAACAGUUCCAGGAGAAAAUGAGAGGACGACUUGAGGUGAAAGUUCGGGUGAUCGUGAUGCGGAAGCGCAGACUCAAGCGCCGUGCAGAAAGGCGUCAAGUCGGAGAGCUCCGCAGCGGCUUCUGCUCCAUCCCCCCACGGCCGACACGGCCGUGUCCGGCGGAAACGGCCGAAGUGAAGGACCGAUGCGCGCCCUUUGGCGCGGUCUGCAGCGCCUUCUUUGUGCAGUGUGCCGGCAAUGCAUGUCGGGGCUCCUCGGUGAACCUCUGGAGGAUGCGCGACCCCGAUGACGCAGAAGCUCAGGCAGACUUGAAGGACCACGAGGUUCUCGAGGAGGCUUCACCCUCACCACAAGUGUUCGAGGUUGAAGAUAGUCAGGAGUUGACUGCUACCGUUCCCUGGCAACGGUUUGCUGUCAAAUUCUUUUUGACCUUGACGGUCUUUCUGAUCAUCACUCUUCUUUUGGAGAUCUUUGCAAAGGACCAAGUCACAGCCUUCUCCAAGACCAUUAUCGAUUCCAUCGGGAUGCCGGGGCUCUUCGUGGCCGUCCUGAUUGGUGAUGGGCUGCCUCAGCCCUUCACCUAUGUGCCCCUGAUCUUCCUGGCCGUCAAGGCCCAGGUGCCCAAGUCGUUAGUCUUCGGCGUUUGCGCCAGUGGUUCGUAUUUAGCUGCAGUGGGUGGCUAUGGCGCAGGCUUCAGCUUGGCUAAGACCUCGUGCUUCCAGCAGGGCCUUCAGCGUCUGGCCGAGUCGCAGCCGUGGCUGCCAGAUCUCAUGCAGCGGAAGGGCGCGCUGGGCGUGGCCAUUGCGGCCCUACUGCCGAUCCCUUUGGCCUUAGCCACCUGGACGGCGGGGUCCUUCCGUGUGAACUUCCCGCAGUUCCUGAUCUCCGCCGCGUUUCGAAUGCCAAAGAUCCUGGUGUUUGUGCUCUUGAGCGGCUGGACCACAGAGAAAGAACUUGAAUGA